AUGUCGGGUUUCUCGGGGCGAUCCCGUUUGCCGAAGUUAUCGCGGUCGCAAGAUUCGCUGGUUUUUGCACAAAAAUUCGAUCUUUACCAAGCAUUGAACGCGAUUUUAAUUUUCGAAUGCCGACAACAGAUCCUGAGCUCCUCGGCUCCCCGUGGAUCCCCGUGGAUCCCCGUGGAUCCCCGUGGAUCCCCGUGGAUCCCCAUGGAUCCUCAUGGAUCCCCGUGGAUCCCCAUGGAUCCUCAUGGAUCCCCGUGGAUCCCCAUGGAUCCUCAUGGAUCCCCGUGGAUCCCCAUGGAUCCCCAUGGAUCCCCAUGA